AGGAGGCGGCAGAGAUUGCGCUGGAGGUUGCCGAAGUUCACUCUAGAGCCGGGUUCCACAUCCGAAACUGGGUCUCCAACAACGCUGCGGUACUGCAGAGAAUCGGAGCGGCCAAUCCAACAACGGUGAAGCGUUUCGUGAUGGACAAGGAUUGUGGUUUUGAGCGCCUGCUGGGUAUGGUGUGGUUGCCGGAGGAGGACAUGUUUACGUUUCGCCUGAGUUUCCGAGAAGACCACGAUUUGUUGCUGUCCGGCGAAGAAAUCCCCACCAAGCAGCAGCUACUGAGCGUUGUUAUGAGCAUUUACGAUCCAACCGGGUUCCUAGCAGCGUUCAUAAUUCACGGAAAGAUUAUAAUCCAGGACGUUUGGAGGUCAGGCGUGGAUUGGAAGAACAAAAUUCCAGAUGAGCUAGUCCAACGCUGGAAACAAUGGAUUGCGCUUCUUCCCAAGAUCGAGGACUUGAAAAUCCCUCGUUGCUACUUCCCUGGUUACCACCCGGACAGCCUGAGGUCACUAGAACUCCAUGUUUUCGUCAACGCGAGUGAGUUGGCCUAUUCUGCUGUGGCACACUUCCGACUUGUCGACAGAGGGUCCGUGCGGUGUGCUUUCGUGGCAAGCAAAACCAAGGUGGCGCCAUUGGACCCGCUAUCCAUACCGCGUCUCGAAGCAAACGCGGGUGUGCUGGGUGUUCGUUUGCGUAAAUCCAUAGUGACCGGUCAUUCUCUACCUAUCACACGAACUCGUUUCUGGACUGACUCAAAGACCGUCCUUCAAUGGAUUAGGUCCAAGGAUCUUCGGCGCUACCGUCCGUACGUGGCCUUCCGGAUGAACGAAAUACUGUCCAUGUCAGCGGUCGCGGAGUGGGGGUAUUGUCCGUCCCGUCUGAACGUUGCUGAUCUCGCUACCAAGUGGGGAAAACAAGGUCCACCUCUGGAUAUCAACAGUCCUUUUUACCAGAGCCAGGAAUUUGUGUACGAUAAUCCAUCGGAAUGGCCGGAACCGUGCGAAGAUAUGGUGGAGCUGGCACCAGAAGAAUUGAGACCGUCAUUCGUGUUUGCUCAUUUCGUUCUGAAGCCAACGGUGAAAUGGGAGAGGUUUUCAAAGUGGGAGCGACUAUUGCGUACCAUGGCGUACGUCCAGCGAUUUAUCGCUCGCAAGCUGAACCGCGAGAAGAAGCCGUGGCAAGUCGACCUGACCCGAGAAGAGCUACAGAAAGCUGAGCAGAGUUUGUGGCGUCUUGCACAGUCUGAGGAGUAUCGUGACGAGGUGGCCACUUUGAAUCAGAAUCAACGAGUCCCAGCUGAUCAGCGAGAAUCCCUGGAAAGGUCAAGCAACAUUGUUAAACUCUGUCCCAUGCUGGACGAUGCUGGAGUACUUCGCGUAAGUGGGCGCAUACAAGCUGCAGAAUGUGUCGGCUACGAAACCAAACACCCAGUAAUUCUUCCACGAGAUCACCCGGUGACGACUUUACUGCUGGAAUACUACCAUCGGCGGUUCCAGCACUCAAAUAAUGAAACUGUGGUGAAUGAAAUUCGGCAGAAUUUAAGCAUUCCUAAGCUGCGGGUGCUCGUGAGGCUCGUGUCCAAUAACUGCAAGUGGUGCGAAGUAUACAAGUCUACUCCAGUUGUACCACAGAUGGCACCACUCCCGCGAGCUAGGUUGUCCCCAUUCCUGCGUCCGUUUACAUUCACCGGAGUGGACUACUUUGGGCCCUACCUGAUCAAGACGGGGCGCAGUAUUACAAAAAGAUGGGUUGCGCUUUUCACCUGCCUGACGAUCAGAGCUGUCCAUCUUGAGAUCGUUGCAAACCUUUCGACGGAGUCGUUCAAAAAGGCAGUUCGGAGGUUCAUCGCGCGUAGAGGGGCACCACAAGAAAUUUAUUCGGACCGAGGAACCAACUUCCAAGGAGCUAGCAGUGAGUUAACGAAGGAAAUAAGUUUGAGCAUCAACAAGGAGCUGGCCAGUACGUUCACCGAUGCUCAUACUCAGUGGCGUUUCAAUCCCCCCGCGGCACCGCACAUGGGAGGCUCGUGGGAGAGGAUGGUGCGUUCCGUAAAAGCUGCGCUAGGAGCGAUACCGUUGGAGCGCAAAUUGGACGAGGAAUCGAUGGUGACCAUGUUAACAGAGGCGGAGCACAUGGUGAAUUCCCGCCCACUUACGUUUAUCCCUUUAGAAGGCGCCGAUCAGGAAUCGCUCACGCCGAAUCAUUUUUUACUCAUGAGUUCGAGCGGGGUUCAACAGCCGGUGAAGGAUCCGAUGUGCGAAGGCGCGGCUUUGAGGAACAGCUGGAACCAGAUCCAGCACGCCUUAGAUGAGUUUUGGCGACGGUGGGUAAGGGAAUAUUUGCCAACUUUAUCAAGACGAUCGAAAUGGUUCGAGGAAACGCGGCCGCUCAGAGAAGGAGAUCUUGUGGUCGUCGUAGAUGAGGGAACGCGAAAUCGCUGGCAAAGAGGACGAGUUUUGCGGACGUAUCCGGGCAAGGACGGGCGUGUACGACGGGUAGAUGUGCAAACAGCUAAAGGGAUUCUACCAAGUCGCGCAGUCGCCAGAUUGGCAUUGCUGGAUGUAGGAAAUGUUGGUGACGCCGAAGGAACACUUCCGGCGACACGAGGGGGAGAAUGUUAGUACCAAUCUGCGCUGACGAUACCCCCCGUUGGGGCUAGAGCCACUGGCUAUACAUGAGCUUUAGUUUCUGGUAGGGAGAAGAACGUCAGUGUGACUUGUCAGGGUCGUUUGUUAUCACAGUGCAAUUUCACCUAAUCGAACGCACAUACGCAAUCGAAACAGCAGUAGAAUUACUAAUCUAAAGAUUCUACCUAGGAUUGCGCGAAUCGAAGAGUUCUUUCUGUUUAGUGGACGAACUUAAAAAGGGCACUAAAUCUUUGAGCUGAACCACAGUACGAACUAAGUCUGCUUCUUUGAUUGGCCCGAAC